UAUUUCGACCUCGUGUCGGAGGUGCUGGAGCAGGUGAAGCAGCUGGUCGAUAUGCAAGCUGGGUGCGCAGGAAGAGACGACGCCUACAUGGUGGUCCUGGGGCUGGGUGAUGCGCAACCCCGGGGAGUCAUGGCUGCCAGUGGAGAACGUGUCGCCGAGAACGCGCUCGCAAACCAGGCCGCGGCCGUUGCUAACAACCGCAUGAUGUAUUGGGAAGACCCUGAUAUUUCGUGUCGGAUGCUGUGGAUACGCGGAUCAGAGCUGUGCAAAAAGGGCGAACGCCCAGAUGACGACCCGUGGCGUUUCAAGGUGGGUCCUGGCAAGUUGUAUGUGAAGGAAAUGGCCAGAUGCAUCGCCACCGUCAGCGAGACUUGUAUUGAGGCACUAGCGGGCAUUGAGUUCGAUACCUUUUUGCCGUUCAGCCUCCAGGACUCCCUUUUGUUGCCCAUGCUGUCACACAUCGACGUGGGCUCGCGGAGGCCUGACGCCAGGAUGACCCAGUGUCUAGAGGCGUUGCGGGAAAGGGGCGAGGUGACCGCUAUCGGCCACAGAGGAGUCCGCAUAGGCGGGGCGGCCGCUGGCAAUACCAGCGAGGCCCCCAAGAGAUGGAACAUGGGCCUGGUUCGCGAUUGGGAGAAGAUGCAGGAUUCACUUCUCCUGUCCACCGAGUAUCGCGCCGUUGACGGGGCCGCGGAUGUUAACCCAAUGUGCGACAUCGAAGACCAAUUGAUCGUGUCACCCCACGCUUUUGAGGCCAGUCAAUCGCGCCAGAGACCGAUUGUUAUCGGGCCAGACAGAAUCGAAAGUGGGCUGAUAGGAAGAGCGGUGACUUAUGAUCGUCAAGUCGAGUACAAACUGUUGCUAUGCUACAUUCCGUCGAUCCCGACAUCGCUGGACAGGGAGCUGAUGCCAGACGACUUCUCGUACACGCGCAGCCGCACGCAUGCCAACUCCAUGGCAUGGCUCGCGGCAGCG